AUGAGAGACGAAGAACUAGCAGAAAUAAUUUCUGAUGUAAAAGCGUUUAUCAAAAAGCUUGAGUUUUGGGAACAAAACUUGAUCGAUGGCGAUACCGUUCAUUUUCCUGAUCUUUCACAGAAGAUAUCUCAAAGUCCAUUAGAAUCAUAUGACAGUAAAUAUCAUGUAGAAAUAGUCUCUAACAUGAAGGACAACUUCAAAAAUCGUUUCAAGGAUUUCAACGAAAUUGCUAUAGUGGUGCAAUUUGUGGUUUCACCCUUCAUGGAAAUUGAUAUCCAACAGUUUGCAACUUCUGUUACGCAGAAUCUUAGCGAAGACAUCGCUGCGACAGAAAUGGAAGUGAUUGCGUUUCAAAAUGAGUUUAAAAUUAUCAGUCUCAAAUACAAAAUGUAUCUGGUCUUCAGUAAGUAA